AUGGACGCGAAAGCCCUCCUCCGCGCGCAGAAGGCGGCGGCGAAGGUUCAGCACCCCUACGCGAGUUACAAUGCGUCGGGACAGUUGCGCUGCAUCGUGUGUGCCGUGCCAGCUGACAGGAAAGUGAAGCAGUGGGAUGCGCACCUGCUUACGAAACAACAUCGGCAAAGCGUGCAGCGCGAGAGGGCAGAGGAGGCUAAGCGUGCGGCUGCCGCCGCGAAGCGGAAACAGGCCGCCGAACCGGAACCGGAGACUGCGAAGCGGCAACGCGUCACGGAGCCGGAACCAGAGGAGGAGGAGGACGACAGGCUAUCGCUCCCCCCUGGUUUCUUUUCGUCAGGAAACGGGCCGAGCGUCGCCGAGGACGACGAGCAGGAAUCUUCUGCCCCACCGCCAAAGGAGGAGAAGAAGGGCGACGCCGAGCUCGACGCCUUCCUCGCCUCUCUGAACGACGUCGAUGAUGCGCCAGCACCGACAGCAGCCGAGCAGGGCGAGACGGCUAAGACAAAAGCGACCAAGAAGCGACGGGUAGGGUACAAAGAGUCUGAGGAAGACGGCGUCGCGUCCAUCUCCGCUGCCCCAGUUUUAAUUCAACGCAACGAGGCGGGUGAGGAGAAAGAGCCGACACCAGAGCCCGAAGAGACGGAGCAGGAGCGAAGAGAGCGUCUAGCGCGCGAGGAGAAGGAGGAGAUCAUUGCCCGUCUCGAGGAGGAGCAGCGUGCUCAGGAAGAUGCGGAUAACCGCGUGCUCGCACUCAAGGCUAGAAUGGAGGCGCUGAAGAAGAAGCGCGAGGCGAAGAAGGCGAAAGCCUAG